CGCAAGCCACAAUUCGACUAGUUGGCUGACGCGGAAAUCUAAAACCGCAUCGUUUUUUUCUACAACCGGCAUGUAAAUACUACUUUGUUGCGCUUUGCAUAGAUAACGCUAACUUAGAUUUAAUCUCAGGGCAGUUCAUUGCCAUGUGUCCGAACCGUGUAGCGCUUUAAUGUUAGUUGAAACCCUGCUUGCGAGUGGCUUUAGCGUGUGUCUUGAUAUGAAACUGUGUCUGAAUUGAAUGGCUGAGAUGCUGCUGUCCACCGGUCCACAGCUGCGGCUGCUGCGGCUUUUGUCCUGUGUAACUGUUGUUUUACUUUUUCAAGUUAGCGACGCCAAGAGGGAUUUAAAAAUCGCCUGUACCACCUGCCAACAAAUUACAGAUAACUUCAGCAAGGGCUAUGACAGAACAGCAAAGCAGAACUUUGGAGGAGGCAAUACAGCCUGGGAGGAGAGAAAGCUGUCCAAAUAUGAGACAAGUGAGAUCCGUCUGAUGGAGAUCGUAGAGGGGCUGUGUGACAGCAGCAGCUUCGAAUGCAACCGCAUGUUAGAAGAGCAUGAAGACCAUUUUGAGACUUGGUGGUUCAAGAGGAAAACAAAACACCCCGAUCUGCAUAAAUGGUUCUGCGUAGAAACCAUCAAAGUGUGCUGUCCAAAGGGAACAUUUGGACCGGACUGCAAUGCCUGUGUGGGGGGCUCUGACAGACCCUGUCAUGGCAAUGGAGUGUGUGAUGGCGACGGGACUCGCGGAGGGAACGGAAAGUGCAGCUGUGACCGCGCUUAUAAAGGGGACUUCUGCCUGGACUGCAUCGACGGCUAUUAUAACGAAGUGAGGAACGACACGUUCUCUCUGUGCACAGAAUGCCACUCCUCCUGCAAAACCUGUAACGGAGAGACCAAUCAGGACUGUGAUGAGUGCAAAGAAGGCUGGGAGGAGGACGACCAGGAGGCUUGUGUUGAUGUAAACGAGUGCUCCAAAGAUCCUUCUGAAUGUGACGAAGAUCAAUACUGCCUUAACACAGAAGGCUCCUUUUCAUGCAAGGCCUGUGACAGCGUGUGCUCUGGGUGCACUGGAGCCGGUCCUGAUGAGUGCAAGGCUUGUGCCGACGGGUACGAAGACGCAGAGGGCACCUGCACAGACAUUGACGAGUGUUCCCAGCCGGAGCCGGUAUGCACCCAGGAGCACCAGCAGUGUGUCAACACGAAAGGCAGCCAUGAGUGCAUCUGCUCGAGCGGCUACGAGGAGCAGGAUGGAGAGUGUGUUGAAACGCUACAACCAGAAGAAGAAGAAGAAGAGAACUCCGAAUCAUCCGAGACGACCACAGGUCCACACGGGGAGCUUUGAUGUAAAAACUGAGACCAAUGGGAGCAAAUCAGGAAGAACGGUUGACAUUUCUGCACAUCUGAAGCCGCCCAUUUUUAAACCACAAACUACAUGCACUUAAUGUACCAGUUGCACAUAGAACCAACAAAGGCUGGUGAGACAGUGUUUUCCAGAAGUGGAUCAUGGAUUAAAGGACACCAAAAGAGACAUUUUCUGCUCUCAGUAUGCUGGCCAUCGUUGCUUUUCUCUGAUGUGCUCAAACUACCACUUGAUGUCUUUAUUUGUUGUAUGGUUUUAGAUUCAAAGGUGUUUCAAUAAAGUUGAAUUAUGUUGAAUUUAAGAUGGACUCAUGUCAACAGAGUUUCAC